AAACAAACACCAACGACCAGCUUUGAAGGUUUGAACACAGAACCAAACACCAAUCGUUCUUUGACAGAAGCAAGCAACGUGGUGGUGGGGAAGAUUGUGUAGUAGUAGUGGCUUUUGACUGACCCUAAUAGCCGGCAAAAGCCGUCUAAGGUUGUUGUCUGGUUGAUGAUGAUAAUGUUCUUUUUAAUGUCUGAAUACGCGUUGAAUUCAACUUUCUCUCUCUUCUGAUUCUUCAUUCAUCUUUACCCUUAAUUCCAAUUCAAAGGUCCACCCCACCAAAAAAAAAUUGAUUUUUUUUCAUUCUUCAAUAUACCCUUUGAGUAUUAUCAUAUCAAUCCUAGACUUGGUUCAAUUUCCUUCCUUUAUUCUCAAAAAGAUGCUUCCUUUCUGAAUUUCAAAGAUCAUUGGCGUGGUGUUUGGAUUGGUGGGAUCUGAAUUGUGUGGUUGGUUCAAGUUUACUUCUUUAUGAUUUGGUCAAGUGGGAAUCUUCAAAUUCUUGAUUCUUGGUUUCUGCUUUUGCUCCAGGUUAAGAACAUGGAAUUGGGUAUGUGCUUAUGAAUAGAAAGAUCUCAUCUUUACUUUUUUUUGUAUAAAAGAAAAGCAGGUGGUAUAGUAGGUACUGUUGUUGAGUUUUGGUGAAGUUGUUGUGUUGAAGAAUGAUGUGUUGUUGCUUGUGAAUAGUGUGAUCCUAGUUCUUGAAGUGGAAUAGUAUUGUUAUCUUGCUGGUUUUGCAACAUGGGUUGUCUAUGUUCCAAGAGUUCAGCUGUGGAAGACAGCAAUGAAGGUGUCCCUAAGAAACUUCAAUAUCAAUCAAGUAGCACAAGGCCUUCGGAGUUGAAUGUUUUGCGGUUGAAUUCAAGCAAGAGGGUUGAAGGGGGUAGGGUGAAAGAUGUGGUAUUAGAUGGAGGUGAUGUGAAGGUUUCUUUGGUUGACAAGAAAAUCAAUGGAUCAGUGAAAUUGUAUGAUGAUCAAAGUGGGAGGAAGAUGGUAGUGAAGCCUGAAAUUGCUGUUAUUGAUCAUCCUGGAAUUGGAAGGGUUCCGAAGGCUGUAGAAGGAGAGCAAGUUGCGGCAGGAUGGCCGGCUUGGCUUUCUUCCGUUGCCGGUGAUGCUAUCAAGGGAUGGUUACCGCGAAGCGCCAAUUCUUUUGAGAGGUUACAUAAAAUUGGGCAAGGAACUUAUAGUACUGUUUAUAAGGCACGCGACGUGACUAACCAAAAGAUCGUUGCAUUGAAGAGGGUCCGCUUUGACAAUCUUGAUCCUGAGAGUGUCAAGUUUAUGGCGAGGGAAAUCCAUGUUCUGCGUAGGCUUGACCAUCCAAAUAUAAUAAAGUUGGAGGGUUUGAUAACUUCACAGACAUCUCGUAGCUUGUACCUUGUUUUUGAGUAUAUGGAGCACGAUCUAACAGGACUUGCAUCAAAUCCUGAGAUCAAGUUCUCUGAACCCCAGCUGAAAUGCUACAUGCGGCAACUUCUUAGUGGAUUGGAUCAUUGUCAUAGUCAUGGUAUCCUCCACCGCGACAUAAAGGGCUCAAAUCUCCUCAUCGACAAUAAUGGCGUCUUAAAGAUUGCUGAUUUUGGUUUGGCAAGUUCUUUUGACCCUCGUCAGAGUAUUCCGUUGACAAGCCGUGUAGUAACUCUGUGGUAUAGACCACCUGAACUUCUACUCGGAGCUAAUCGUUAUGGGGUUGCAGUAGAUUUAUGGAGCACUGGUUGCAUACUGGGGGAACUAUAUACUGGCAGACCCAUUUUGCCGGGCAAAACAGAGGUUGAGCAGUUGCAUCGGAUUUUUAAACUCUGUGGCUCACCAUCUGACGACUAUUGGCUUAAAUCGCGGUUGCCACAUUCAACUGUAUUCAAGCCUCCACACCAUUAUAGGCGAUGUAUUACUGAGACAUUUAAGGAAUACCCAUCUACUGCUGUUAAGCUUAUAGAGACCCUACUUUCUGUAGAUCCAGCACAAAGAGGAACAGCAGCUGCUGCUCUGAAAAGCGAGUUCUUUACAUCAGAGCCUCUCCCUUGUGAUCCAUCAAGUUUACCAAAAUAUCCUCCCAGCAAGGAGAUUGACUCUAAAUUGCGGGAUGAAUCAACCAGAAGGCAAGGAGCUGUUGGUGAAAGGGAGCAAAAGGUUGGCUCAGGGGUUAGACAAGAAAAAGGACCUAGGGCCCAUGUCACAACAAAAGGCAAUGUUGACAUAGGCGCAUCAAUACAGCAAGCGCAACGUCAUUCCAGCUCAAAUCACCGGAGUGAAUUGUCCUACCCUCAUAGAGAACCUGUGUCUGGGUUUCUGGGUGUCGCACACAAACAGUCAGAAGAUGUUAAAGAAAUGGGAAAUAAUUCAUCUGGGCAUCUUUUCAAGAGGCCUUCACAUUCAGGUCCUUUGGUUCCUGGUUAUGGCUGGGCAAAGGGUGCGAAGGAAGUUGAUGAUGGACCUCCAGUUUCGAACAGAGUGAACCUAUCGAAACUAUCUGGGCUUGUGGCAUCUAGGACUUCAUUGCCUGAAGAUCAGGGGGAAAAACCAGCUCACUUGCACCACAGAAAACCAGUUGAAGUAAGAAAAUCCGUGGAGGCAACUAGUGGAUCAGAGUCACGAAGAAGGCACGAUAAAAAACGGAUUGUUGAUCAAAGUCAAAUUGACAAUCGGAGGGUCCCCGCUGAAAAAUCAACUCCGGAUGGGCGUGGAUCCAGUGCGUCUGGAGGAAACAAGAUAUACAUGUCAGGUCCGUUACUCGUUUCGUCGAACAAUAUGGAUCAGAUGCUCAAAGAGCAUGAUAGAAAGAUUCAGGAGUUUUCGAGACGAGCCAGAAUCGACAAAUCAAGAACAAAAGGUGAGAAAGUUCGUGCACAGAGAAAGUAGUCAAGCUACUUUAAGCAUAUCUGCUUACAUAUUUUUAUGAACAGUAUUUAUUUAUCUCUCAAAACAAGUGGGGAGAGGAAGAAGAGUGCAUUUACUCUUACUGUAGUAUAUGUCAUGUAAAUUGCAGGCUCUAGAAGAAGAAUUUUAUGUUGCUUCUGCUCCUUUUUACCCUUAUAUAUAUAAAAAAUAUAAGCAAUUUAAUUUAUCAUGUUUCUUCA